AUGGAAACAGGAACAUGGAUUAUUAUCUCAUUAUCUUGACUUUUAUUAUUAGGCCUUGCCUACAUGUUUGUUCAUUAUUGGCUUUUACACAACUUCGAAAUCCAAAAUCCCUUUGUUGAACUGCUUUUCAGCGCCACUUUUGCGGCAUCUGGAGCUCUUUUAGAACUUUUCCUAUUGGAGCUGACGUCGAUUGAAGUGAAUCCUGGGAUUUGAAAAAUAAUUUUUGGCUGUUUUAGUACUUUGAUGCUUUAUAUUGUCCCAAUUUAUUUUAUUUAUUCUUUUGUAUUUGCAUUCAGACUCAAGUGACUGCUUUGAAUUAUUUUUGUAGUAAUUUAUUUAUGAGAGUUAAGCUACUAUUGGUAUUUGACUAUUGGGACAUCAGAAAAUUUAGAGUUCCUGCAUUAUUCUAUUAUAGAGCAGAUUAAGUUGUUAGGGGUUAACGGAGUAUUGAUAAGUGCUUGCUUGUCAGGAUUCGGAGCAGUGAAUUGUGCUUACAAUUAUUUUAAUUUUUUUAAUGUGGCAUCUACCCAGGCUGAUUUAAAAGAGUUUUGCAGACUAUCCAAGAGAAAUAUCGUAAACCUUGUGAAAAUAAAGCAAAAAAGGUUGUUUUUGCCUUUGGAAAAGAAAAAUUUGGGAUGAGCCAAAUCUCUGGUAGGCAUAUUCAAUGGAUCUUUUAAUUCAGAUCCAAAAAUGGAAGCUUUGGAUGCAGAGUUGCAAGCAGCUGAGGCAAUUCAUCAGCAGUACUUGCAGACAGUGUCAGAGAUAGUCGAAAAUAGAGAAAAAGAAAAAUUGUCAAAGACUUUUAAAGGGAGAAUAUAUUCAUUAUUUGCAAAAUUCCUUGUUAUUUAUAAGAAAUAAAAUGCGUGACAUUGAGGAACUUAGACUCCGAGGCGCACUCCCUAUAGAGCAGGUAGGAUUCAUCCUGAUGCUCUGAAAGUAGGGCCUCUGUUCCGGUGGAAGUAGGCCUUCAGGCUUGGGGAUGCUUUGCAAAAAAGGGAAGUUUUAUUUCUCACCCGAAGAUUUUUACUGUCCCUGCCAGAUGGGCUAGACAGGUUUUGCCUACCAUAUGGUCUUUCCUCAUCGGGACCAUCGGGGCGCUAUCUAAAAGCGGCUCUGUUCAGGGCGAGCUAAUCCCUUGGACAGGUGGUUCAGGACGGAAAUUCAAAAUGGCGUCCUCGGAUGCCAUUUUGGAGCUGAGACGGGGCAGAUGGUCAGCGCCUGCGGGAGCGCUUAUGGCCGGAUACAUAAUAACUUAACUUUAAACUUGUUAUUUAUGGCAUUUACAAAGUAGUUUUUUCGAUAUAUAAUGUUGCUUUACAAAAGAAAUAUUCAAUAGACCCUGUUACCCGAGGCUUACAUAUUUUUUGCUAUAUUUUUGGACUUGAUGAGUCAUUUUUGAAUUUUGUCAUUGAACACUCAAGUUUUGCGUUUAUUGGGAUUUUAAUUUUCACAAAUAUCCGAAGCUUUGCCAAUAUUUUGGUUUCCAUUGUAAACCAAUGUGGGAAACUGCUUUCCUCUGGGCUUUCGUCUGAAUCCUUGUUAUUAAUGCUUACUCCCCCACCCUCCCUGAGCGCAAAAAACCAUUGGAAAAUCCCUAAUUUUUGGGUAAAAAACUCAUCAUCCAUUACCGAACAAAAAAUGUUCUCAAUAUUAUUUUUUUUUUAUGAAAAAAAAAUUAUAUGCAAAUGAUAAUUAUUAUAAUGAAAUCUCGAGCAAAUUAUGUAGAAUUUUAAACAGCUUGCAUUUUUAAAUAUAAAUUUUGCAAACUAAAUUAAUUUUAGCUUUCCAGUUAUCUCAAAUUGGGAGUUUUAAAAAUUUUGAAAAAAUUAUUUGCUAUGAAUUUUUUACAAAAUAAUAUUAGCCCCCAUCUAUGAGCUAACAAAAUUUUUUUGCUCGCUCAAGGAGCUAGUGAAGUUAUGGGAGCUUAUUUCAUGGCAACCGUUAUAAUGAUGAGAGCUAAUUUGCCUGAAAAGAAAAGAGAAGCUAUGACUAAUGCUUUAAGUGGUGUAGAUUUUUUCAGCUUCCAUCAUUUAUUUGAUGGAGCUUUCGCAAUAUCAUCAGUUAUUACAGCCGUGAUCUUAUAUUUGAAAUAUAUUUUUCAAAUUAAAAAGAAAACGAUGUAG